AUGAGCUCACAUGUCGUGGUCUUAGACUCGACUGCGCGAAGGGCGACGAUCAAGACAACCCCGGGGAAAUACCUGACCGAUGUUCUUCAAGAAGCCUGUAAGAAGUUGGGAGUCGACCCCAAUCAACAUGGCCUGAAAUACAAAGGAAAGCAACUGGACCUGUCGCUUGCAUUUCGUCUCUCCGGACUCUCUUCCGGCGCCAAACUGGAGUUGGUCCAACUCUCCCGGUCUCCGUCUGUCGUCACUGUUGCCCUACAAUUACCCGAAUCCGAAGCCCGCGGGGUACCCAACGGACGCCUUAUGGACAAAUUCCCUAGCACGACAACAAUAUGGCUGUUACUACGAAAGUUUGAGGCUGGCGUUGCAGGAACCUCUUCGACUCGAAAUCUGACGGGACGGGGAGUUCCUGUCACAGGAACCAACAAUGAAGCAGCAGGUCGAUUGUACUACGAGACACCCGUGGUGCAGAUUCUGGAUAGAGAGUUGUCUACCUUCGAUGACCUACAGAAAUCAUUGGCCCAGCUGGGAUUUAACAGCGGAAACGUGCUAUUGCGACUGAGCUUCCGCCGAACGGAUGAACCGUUGGAGGAGGCUAUGGUGAAGAUCCAAGAAUACUUCAAAUCCUCAGAAGACGCCGCCCCUGAGUCCUCUCAACCAGCAGCAGAACUAGAGAAAACGGCGAUUGAGCCAUCCCAGAAUGAACAGCAGACCCCAAGCUCUACGUCUGAUGAAACACCAAAUGCAGAUAUCAGUACAGAACAACCCUCCGAACUUCCAAAGUCCCCUCCAUCUGCCCCGUCCGAACCGAUUGAAAGCCCGACAGCCGCCUCUCGUUCCAUAACGGUUUUCGCUCCUCCAUCUAAUGAUACGCCUCAGUCCGCGCAGACUGCAUACAACGAAACCGACUACGUCCCGUCGGUGGACCACGCAAAGGCGCACCAGCGCCGGCUCAACCAAGCUUCUCAAAACAAACGGCUCCUCAGUGACGCGGAGAUAGCCAAAAAGGCUGCCGCCGAGGAGGAGCGACUGGCGGGGAUUAAGGAGGUUGAUGUCAAAGUUCGCCUUCCGGACCAAAGCCAGAUUGUCGCAAAGUUCGGACAGGAAGAUACGGGAAAGUCUCUCUAUGACUUUGUACGGAGCUGUCUGGCUGAGCCCUUUGCCCGGGAGAAGUUCAGCAUCACUCACUUUCCUACUGGCGGUCCAGGCUCAAGCAGCAAAAGAAUGCUAAAUGUGGUCCCAGACUCCGACCAAAGUCUUCUGAUCAAAGACUUGGGGCUGGCUGGACGAGUCCUUGUCAACUUCUCCUGGAACGAGGAUACUUCUCUGGCGGCUCGAGAGAGUCGAUCGGGGCUCCUGAGACAAGAACUGCGAACCCAAGCCCAGGAAAUUAAGGUCGAGCAACCCCCGGAUGUGAUGGACACCUCUCCGGAUACAACACAGGCGAAGCCAGAAUCUUCGCGACAAGGAGAGAAAUCCGGAGCACGCAAAAGCGGCGCACUACCAAAGUGGUUGAAACUGCCUGGGAAGAAAUAA